ACGCUGCUGGGGGAGAAACGGAGCGGCGGAGGACCGGAGUUCAUCCAGCCCAAACACAGCAUCAUAACACCGAUAAGAUCAGCGCAUGGCGCGGGUCUGGGGGUCGGGACUGUACUCCGGGGGUCUCUGGUUACACACGGGGAGUGGCGCGUGAUAGAGCGGGCGGAGGUGGGCCGGGGCCGGGCUGAGUAACCGGGGGCUUUAAAGUCCGACACGAACCGACGGAGCGGGGACGGAGCGAUGGCGGGCGGUGUGGCGGGGAGGGCCGUGCGGUGCGCGGCUCCGAGCUGCGGGUAAUCCCGGCAUGUGUCUGUCCUCCGUCCCGCUGAUCUGGGACCAGGAGCCCAACUGAACGCGACCAGCAGCAGCAGCUCCCAUGGACUCGCCGUCGUCGGUGGCGCUGCAGAGGCGGCUGGAGAUCUGUAGUGACCCGGGGUCCGGUCCCGGUUCUGGUCCCGGGUCCGGUCCGCACCUGAACGGCUGCGUGCCGCUCUCCCACCAGGUGGCCGGACACAAGUACGGGGUGGAUAAAGUAGGUAUACUGCAGCAUCCUGAUGGCACAGUCCUCAAGCAGCUCCAGCCUCCUCCCAGAGGACCCAGAGAGAUGAAGUUCUACAGCAUGGUAUAUGAAAAAGACUGCCGUGACCCCUGCCUCCUCGACCUUCAGCAGUAUCUUCCCAAAUAUUACGGCACCUGGUCGUCUGCAGACAGCCCCACAGACCUGUACCUGAAGCUGGAAGACGUGACGCGCCGGUUCCAGAAGCCGUGCAUCAUGGACGUGAAGAUUGGCCAGCGGAGCUUCGACCCGUUCGCCUCACAGGAGAAGCGCGAGCAGCAGAUCAGGAAGUACCCGCUGAUGGAGGAGAUAGGCUUCCUGGUGCUCGGGAUGAGGGUGUACAACGUGGGCUUGGACAGCUUUGACUCGUAUGAUCAGCAUUAUGGAAGAGGUCUGGUGAAGGACACCAUCAAAGACGGAUUAUCCAAGUUCUUCUUCAACGGAGAAGUUCUCCGCAAAGAUGCCAUCACUGCCAGCAUAGUCAAAGUCCAGAAGAUCCUCCAGUGGUUCGAGGGCCAGAGCCAGUUGAACUUUUAUGCAAGCUCUUUGCUCUUCGUUUAUGACGGGGUUUCCUCCGUCCACUCGCACACGCUCAGCGUACAGGAGAAGACCAUGGCCCGGAGCCUUCAGAAAGCCGAGGGGGUCGUGGAGUACAACAACAACAUCGACCAGAGCCUCUCCACCAUGUACUCGCUGCACAAGAAAGGCUGCACCAGGAGCCACCACCAGUCCAAGCAGGACAACAGCAAGUGGCAACCCAACGGCAACCACAGCCCCAUUCAGCUGGACGCCAAAGGCCAGGACAAGUCGGGGGAGGCUGAGAAGAUCUCGGCGGACGUGGAGAUACGGAUGAUAGACUUCGCCCACGUUUUCCCGAGCGAGGUCCAGGACCACGGCUACAUCUACGGCUUGAGGAACCUGCUGAAGGUGCUUCAGGAGAUCCUAGAGGACUAAAGGGUUCUUCUUGUUGCACUCUUAUCCAUAAAGAGGAGACGCUCAUCUCGUUCUAGAACAGUGGUUCUCAACUCCAGUACUUGAGUACCCACUGUCCUGCACAGUUUCAGGUAUUCCACUGUAUUGUAAGCUGUAAAAUCUGUGAUUUGUUUUAAAAUAAAUUAAAUAUAAUGCAAAAGUAGGUAACAAACCCUAAACACAACCAGCCUCGUAAGUUAUAUGUGUAAUAAUGGCUCAUUUAAGUGCAUCAAUUUAUUUUCUUAAGAAAAGCAGCAGUGCACUAUAUUGUUUUAUGAAGGUGUAAACUGACCCCAGACCAACAGCGCUACACUGAGGAAACCUGAGUGAUCCGGUAAGCCAGGGCGAUAUUAGCUAGUGGUUUGUUCCACAUCGCUUGUUUUUACACAGUAAACAUGCAGGUUUCAGUCCAAUAUACUCACCUCUAAGCUAGCGCUUAGCACGGUUAAUUCUAAUGCUGCUUCAGCAGCGCUAGCCGGGGUUAGCAGCAGGCUACAGGCCAAUAAUACUCACCUCUGAAUGGCAAAAGAGCUAGCGCUUACCGCUAUUAGCGGCUAAUGCUAAUACUCCUGUAUAACGCUGUACUUCAGGGGAGUGGCUUUACUGCUUCUUAUAACCUGACUGGUAAAAAAAAAACAUACAUAAGAUGUACCAGAUUAUAAGGCACACUGAUGAAUGUUGAAUGUGCCUCAUAGUAAAAAAUUAUUUAACCAUUUUGUAAAAAAGCUUAAUAAUGUUUUAAUUAAUAAUUAGUUGAGACAUUCAGUCAUAAAUACUGUUACUGUUAAUUAAAGCACCCUUAUUCUAACGUGUUAUCAAACUGGGUGUGACUUCUUAAGGACACUUAAUUGUUCCACACUCAUUUCUAAUUUCUAAUUGCUAAUUUCACCAGAAUAUACAUUUUAUCUUCUAAAAUUGUAGAAAUCCUGUGUUACCUAAAGGGGUAAACACACCUUACACUCACAUCCAGCUCAUCUGAUUAUAAUUAACUCUUUAUGAAUACCUGAAACUGUGCAGGGUUUGAAAUCCCCUGUUCUGGAGUAACGCUCCGAGGCUCAUAACCGGGGAGAUGUACCUUCUCCCAAACAUCUCCCCCUUUCAGGCCCUGAUCUGAUCUGCACUACCUGGACUCGACUAGCAACAAAGUAACCCGUUCGGAAACCUUUGUCUGUGUACAUGCUGUGUAUGUGCUUGGUCUUUUUACAGCCACUUACAGUUUCUGUAUUUUACUCAGGUAAACAGUUCAUUUAUCAUGUAUUUAUCCCAGACUAAAGGAGAAAAGUACUCAUGA